UGCAGGUGUUUGCUUGUGUCCAGAGCUCGGAGCGGCCUAGACAGAGGGCUUGGGAUCCAAACUAUGCCUGCUGUGCUCAGCUUUUAUUCGUAACUCGGUGAGACUACAAGUGUGCAGUGCACAGCUUCAUUGCAAAUUUUAUUUAGGGGAGACGUUUGUUGGGCGAAUUGUUUGAAUCAUGGCGGACUGGAAGGUACCAGUGAGUUACAACUUCAACCCGUCGUACCACGCGUAUGCAUAUGGAUUGCUUUAUCCGACUGGCUCUGAACAGACCCACCCCAACAUGAACUGGCCCGAGACGACCUACACUCACCCGGCGGUCAACGGAGGAUACUACCAGACGCAGGCGCCGCAGCAAUCACCUCCUGGAAGUCCGGAACCCAUCACGGCGAACUCGACGACGCAUUACCAAGGGCCUGUGCUGUAUUUCUCGGACACGCAUACGCAAAAUGGCAGACUCUUUCUCUCCCAAAAUCGCAAUAUUGCAUCUUAUGAGGAGGACCAAACGAAGGAAAGUGUACGACCAAGCAGUGACACACCGAGUGACUCCGAGGCACAUACACCAGAUUCUUGGAGCUCGGGAAGCAGUCGAGAAGGAUGUGUGCCUCCUGAAAACCCAACAACGUGGGUCAAGAAGGAAAGCGACGAUGAGACGGAAAGCGGCAGCCCGGACUGCACGGAUGUCGUGUCCAGCUCCUUCUCUGUGGGGGAGGAUGACCCGAGUCUGAAGGUCCUGCGGCCAGGACAAACUGAAGUCAUCUCGCAGUCGCCAGCGACGCAGACACCGCAGAGCCGAAAGGCCAAAGUGAGGACUGCUUUUUCCGAGGGUCAGAUGAACGCCCUGACCCACAGGUUCAGCAUGCAGAAAUACCUCACCCCUGCAGAGAUGAAAACCCUGGCUGGCUUCACUGGGUUGACCUACAAACAGGUGAAGACGUGGUUCCAAAACAGACGAAUGAAGUUGAAGAGGCACCAGAAGGAGAAUGGCUGGGUCAACGAGCGAUACGCCAACAACGGAUACCCUGGCGUGGCCCCAACCCCCCUCCCUCAGUUUCAGGCAGAUGCUCAAACGAUGCACCAGGAUCUGUAUUCGAACCAGCAGCUAAGAGAGACGGUCUUCAAGAAGAGCCCCCCACUGCAGCAGCAGCAGCAGCAACAACAACAACAACAACAACAACAACAACAGCAGCAUACAGCAUUCUACCCCAACUACAUGCGAGCGCACUCUCCUACUCAGGCCUCGACCCCCAGGCCCCAGAGCCAGUGGCGUCUCCCGCCGCCUGUGACCCACCAUUACGAGUACCCCAGCCCUGCGAACUUCAUGCCCCCCGCCGGCAACACCAGCAUCGACUCUGAUGAUGGCACCGGGGUGGAUGCUGCUGAGGGCAGCCCAACGCACAUGGCAAUGGUGCACAGUGCCACCCAGUGGUCGUCUUAAGCCAUUGCCUCUAAAUGUACAUAGACUCCAAAGACGUUGUUUAUGGGUGACUGUGUACAGUUUCUUUUAGCCCGGUCUCGUGGCCAUGGGUCUUGCCUGUGUAUAUAGUUUGAUGCAGUCAGGAAAUGCGUUGCAUGCAUGUAUUUUUUUUAAAUUGCAUCUGGCUGUUGAUGUUUGUUUCCUGUACUGCCAUAGCUGAACACUAUGUGUGCUUUCCAAUAUGCGACCUUGCGUCUUCCGCUUGGGCUCGUGGCCUCACGUUUUGCUGAUGCGCCUCUGUGGAAAAACAAUUGAGCUUUUGCGCGAUAUUGAAAUAUAAUGGUGUUAGUGCUGUCAUUAUGACUUACUUCCUGGUACGAGGCCACAAGCACAAGUGGAGGACGCAAGGUCGCAUAUUGGAAUGCACCCUAUGAACGAUGAGCUUUUUUUACUCUAUUUUUUUAUAUCUUUUUUACCACUGAGUAUUUAUCUGGACCACCAAUGUCAUGCUGUUUGUCAGUGGUUUUGAUGAGAUGUAUUUAAAUGUGACUCUUUGCAAGGCACUACUCUAAUGUACAUUCUGCAUAGUAGGAGGUUUCUGCACUGGAUUGGCUAAAUGAAGGGAAUGUGGAUUUGUACUGACAUUUACAUUGUUACAUUAUUGGCUAAAGUCUGUAUUGACCAGCCUACCUGAAUCAUGUUCAAAGACCACUCCUCUGUCUUGUGUUCUAGUGUGGUCUGAAUAAAAUCGCCUUGCAUUUU